AUGGAGGGUUUACCAAAGCUUCAAGUCCUGCCCCCAAUUGGAGGGGCAGUUCAGAUUGCUGAUGUUGAAAAUCACCUCAUCGCGGCCAAGAAGGAGUUGGCUGAGACGCUAACGGCGCACAAGGAGAUUAUGAGACACACGAGAAGAAAAAAGCAACAAAGCCAAUACGAAAUGACAUUGGUGUCCAGAGCAAUGGAAAAUAUGAGACUCAAUAAAGAGAGGGGAGAUGUCCGCAGUCUUUCACCAGAACCAGAGCUUCCACCUUCUAUGCUCAGUGAGGAGCGGAAACAAAUGAUGAACUACUGCUUCUUAAAGACCUGUGUGGAGAAAAGACCCUUCGAACCAAUCCAGCAACAGUGGUUGGACUCGGUUGUAUCCAGAGUUCAACCUAAACUGAGGGAGAGCCCUGAGAAAAAAAAACUGAUACAAGAGCUCUGCAUGGAAGUCAGCAAGGAGUUUCACAAUGUGAUUGUCAAACACACAGUGGGUCGAGUGUUAGAGAAUCCUUAUGUGGAAGAAGAGAGCUCAGAAAAACAAAUGGCAACCCAACAAAAAAUUCCUGAUUUCUCCCAGCCACGGCAUGAUAGCUUUAUGAAGAGCCGAAAGAAGAUAGAAGCAAAUUUGCACAUUCUGCAUCCUGUUAUGCAAUCUCUUCUGGAUAUUGGCUACACAACAUUUUCUUCACUGGUCCUCACUGAUCUUUCAGGAUGCAGAGCUUCAGGACCUGUGGACUGUAAAGUCCUACAGAACAAAGUAGCUGAGGAUUGUAAGAGGAAGGAAGAACAAAUCAUGGGUAUCUGGUUUACCAAAAUUGUCCACAUGCUGGCAAAUAAAGACAUACUCAAGGGAGUUAAAGAGGAGAAAAUUGAUUCCUUUUACAAUUGUGCAUCCACCCUCAUUUCCAACCAAUUGAAAUCAGUCCUUCAGGCAAAUACAGAAAAGUUUGUCAGUGUAUUUGAGCCGUGCAGUCUCCACUGCUUACCAAUCUUCCGAAUAGUUUUGGCUUUUGACGAUGAAAAGAUGGAAAUGUACCCCUCCUUCCAAGAACUGGAUGCUACUCUUUUGGAGAUCCUUAACACCAUAACAAAUACUUUUCAGAAAGUGCAGACGGUCUCGUCUUUGUUGAGACAAACCUCAUGCUCGUUUGUGGACGCAAAGGUGGCUGAUCAGGUUCUUGCUUGGGCUCAUGACACUGUGAACAACACUGUCUACAAAUACCUAGAGGAACCUGACAAACAUUUAAAAAGCUAUGUCACCAACUAUGAAUGGCUCGUCAAUGGAACUGCACAGACUCGUGUAGAUGCAUUUAUAGAAGAGGAUCACUCUCUUGAUGAGUACACUAAGCAAGUGGAUGAGUUUUUUAUGCUGUCAAGAGAGAUCUUGAGCCUCCCACCAAAAGUCAACUUCACAAUGGUCCAUCUGGAUUGUGAAGAGCUGAAACAAGGGCUGGCAAACAAAGCUGAAACCUUUGCUAAACUAUUACUAGAGAAAGUGGCCACCAUACACCGUGAGCAAAAUCUACUGAUAUGCUCUGAGUUUGAAACCAUCAGACAGAAAGCUUUGGAAGUUCCAGAGAAUACAGAAGACAUUGCUCAGAUGGAAGAGUACAUUACUUUUACCAAGACAAAGGGUAUUGCAGCACUUGAAGAAAAAAUAAAGAAAGCAUGCUACAGACUUACCUACCUGUUGGAUUUCUACACCUUUGAGCCAGAGGAUUUGAAGCUUAACUCGACUGUUUUUAACUGGCCAAAAAACAUCCUUGGUGCAUUUCAGCAUAACGAUGAGGUGCUGCUGAUGGCCAAGGAGAAAGAACAGAAAGAGCUGUUUGCCAAAAGGAAAAGAGUAAUGUUAGAGCUUGAAAGGUUGAGACGCAAUAUAGACGCGUUCCCAGAGUACUCUGAGUUGGAUAUGAUGCAGCAGGGUGUAAACGAUGUUGGAGCAGUUCAGAAACGUCUACAGGAGGCUGAAGAGACAAUUGUUGUUAUCAAUAAGGAAGAGAGCUUCUACGAGUUGGAGCUCACGUGUUACCCAGAAGUUGAGGUCAUGAAAGAGGAUAUUGAACCGUACCAAAAGCUGUUUGGAUUUAUCCUGAAGUGGCAGCGCAUGGAAGAAAGAUGGAUGCAUGGUUCCUUCUUGAAACUAGAUGGGGAAAGCAUGGAGGUUCAAGUGGAUGAGUCCUACAGAGAGAUCUUCAAGAUGCUAAAGUUUUUCCAACGGAAGCAAAAUAAGGCUAAACAAGAGAGGGAGAUGAUUUCUGGGAUGUCUAGACAUAAAUCUGGUAAAGAGGAGGAACCGACCGUGCAGGAAAGCCCCACAGUUUUGCUGUGUUCUUCUGUAGUGGAACAAAUUAAAAAGUUCAAGGACUAUAUCCCUAUAGUUUCCAUCUUGUGUAACCCAGGUAUCAGAGCUCGUCACUGGGAACAAAUGUCAAACAUAGCGGAUUAUGACCUCACCCCCAACCCUGGAACAACUCUGACAAAAGUUCUCAAGCUAAACCUGGUCCCAUACCUAGAGGAGUUUGAGACUGUCAGUGCAGCUGCCAGUAAGGAGUUUUCUAUGGAGAAGGCUAUGCAGAACAUGAUGCAUAUUUGGGAUGGUAUUUCUUUCCACCAUCAACCUUGGAGGGAUGCUGGCGUGUCCAUCUUGACUGCCUUGGAUGAUAUUCAGACGAUGUUAGAUGACCAGAUUGUGAAGACUCAGACAAUGAGGGGCUCACCAUUCAUCAAACCUUUUGAAAAGGAAAUUAAGAAAUGGGAGGAGCGCCUUCUUCGCAUCCAGGAGACCAUUGAUGAGUGGUUGAAAAUGCAAGCGCAGUGGCUCUACCUUGAGCCCAUCUUUUCAUCUCAGGACAUUAUGCAGCAGAUUCCAGAAGAAGGAAAGCUUUUCCAAACUGUUGAUAGAAACUGGAAAGAGAUCAUGAGGCACUGUGUCAAAGACCCCAUGGUUCUUCCAGCAACCUCACUUCCUAAUAUGCUAGAGAAACUGCGAGAUUCCAACAGCCUCCUCGACUGCAUUAUGAAAGGUUUGAAUGCUUACCUGGAGAAGAAGCGUCUCUUUUUUCCAAGGUUUUUCUUUUUAUCCAAUGAUGAAAUGCUUGAGAUUCUGUCUGAGACCAAGGACCCACUGCGUGUUCAGUCUCAUCUGAAGAAGUGCUUUGAGGGUAUUUCCAAACUGCACUUUCUACCCAAUCUUGAUAUCCAGGCCAUGUACAGCAGUGAAGGGGAGCGUGUUGAGCUAAUCCAGUGCGUCUCCACAUCUGAAGCUAAGGGAGCUGUAGAGAAGUGGCUGGUUCAGGUGGAGGAUGUGAUGCUUCGCAGUGUCAGAGAUGUAGUAGCCCAGUCUAGGGUGGCUUACAGUGAGACUGUACGGAAACAGUGGGUCCAGGAGUGGCCCGGACAGGUGGUGCUCUGCACGUCACAGAUUUUUUGGACAUUGGAGGUUCAUGAGGCCAUUAGAGCAGGGGCUGAUGGUUUAAGGAACUACUAUACACAACUGCAAAAUCAGCUGAGUGACAUUGUAGAGCUGGUGAGAGGAAAACUUUCCAAACAAACGCGAAUUACUCUGGGAGCACUCGUCACGAUUGAUGUCCACGCCCGGGAUGUAGUCAUGGAACUUAUUGAGAAAGGUGUAUCAAAUGAAAAUGACUUUCAGUGGCUAGCUCAGCUUCGUUACUACUGGAGCAACGACAAUGUUCGUGUUUGCAUCAUCAACUAUGACGUUAAGUAUGCCUAUGAGUACCUGGGGAACUCUCCACGUCUGGUCAUCACUCCUCUAACUGACAGAUGCUAUCGAACCCUGAUUGGUGCUUUCUACCUGAACUUGGGUGGUGCACCUGAGGGUCCAGCUGGUACAGGAAAGACUGAAACCACUAAAGAUUUAGCCAAAGCACUUGCUGUCCAGUGUGUAGUCUUUAACUGCUCAGAUGGAUUGGAUUAUCUUGCAAUGGGGAAGUUCUUUAAAGGUCUGGCUUCAUCUGGAGCGUGGGCAUGCUUUGAUGAAUUCAACCGUAUUGAACUUGAAGUACUGUCUGUAGUGGCCCAGCAAGUUCUGUGCAUCCAAAGAGCCGUCGAGCAGAAGCUGGAGUACUUUGACUUUGAAGGGACCAUGCUCAAGCUUAAUCCUAACUGCUUUGUGUCCAUAACAAUGAACCCUGGUUAUGCAGGACGCUCUGAACUCCCAGACAACCUCAAGGUGCUGUUCCGUACAGUGGCCAUGAUGGUUCCUAACUAUGCACUGAUUGCAGAGAUCUCUCUGUAUUCAUAUGGCUUCCUGAAUGCCAAACCACUCUCGGUGAAAAUUGUGAUGACCUACAGGCUCUGUUCCGAGCAGCUCUCAUCUCAGUUCCAUUAUGAUUAUGGGAUGAGGGCUGUGAAGGCAGUUCUUGUGGCUGCAGGAAACCUCAAGCUGAAGUAUCCUAAUGAGAAUGAGGAUAUUCUGCUCUUGAGAUCCAUAAAGGAUGUUAAUGAGCCCAAGUUUCUUUCCCACGAUAUUCCGUUAUUUAAUGGGAUAACCAGUGAUUUAUUUCCUGGCUCCUCCCUUCCUGAGCCUGACUACAAGCUGUUCUUAGAGGCUACUGAGGAGUGCUGUAAAAAUCACAAUGCCCAGCCAACACAGGUCUUUAUACAAAAGAUAAUCCAAACUUAUGAGAUGAUGAUAGUUAGACAUGGGUUCAUGCUGGUGGGAGAGCCAUUUGCUGGAAAGACCAAAGUGCUGCAUGUUCUAGCUGAUAUUCUCACUCUUAUGAAUGAGAAAGGGUACGGUGCAGAAGAGAAGGUCAUCUUCAGGACAUUAAAUCCAAAGUCAAUUACCAUGGGACAGCUCUUUGGACAGUUUGACCUAGUUUCACAUGAGUGGACAGACGGGAUUGUGGCCAACACAUUUCGUGAAUUUGCCUCGGCUGACACACCACACCGCAAGUGGGUGGUAUUUGAUGGCCCCAUAGAUACACUUUGGAUUGAAAGUAUGAACACUGUACUGGAUGACAACAAAAAGUUGUGCCUGAUGAGCGGUGAGAUCAUUCAAAUGUCUAGUCAGAUGAGUCUGAUAUUUGAAGCAAUGGACCUAUCACAAGCUUCUCCUGCCACAGUUAGUCGAUGUGGCAUGAUCUAUAUGGAACCUUCUCAGCUGGGCUGGAUGCCUUUGGUGAUCUCCUGGAUGAACACUCUUCCUGAUCUUCUGCAGAGCCAAGAGAACUCCUCCCUCUUGCUUGAGCUCUUCCAGUGGCUCAUCCCACCUGCCCUCAACAUACUACGCAAACACUGCAGAGAAGUUGUUUCCACUAGUAACAGUAACACUGUUGUGUCCUUGUGUCGACUGUUUGAAAUGCUCCUCACCGAACCUCUGCGGACUGGUCCUGAGGGAAAGAAUGUUCGCACUUGGAUUAUGGCAGCUUUUGCCUUCUCCCUUGUGUGGUCUGUAGGUGGUAGCUGUGACACCGAUAGCAGAGAGAAGUUUAGUGAGUUCUUCAGAGUGAUACUUUCAGGGGAGACAUCGGAACAUCCAACCCCCGAAGCAGUGGGGAAAUGGGAAUGUCCAAUGGAUGAAAAAGGCCUGGUGUAUGACUACUUUUAUGAGUUUAAAGGAAGAGGCAAAUGGAUUAAUUGGAAUGAAGCCAUUAAGAAUGUCAUCCUGGGAGACAAAAACACGAAAGUGCAAGAGAUCAUCGUUCCUACUAUAGACACGGUUCGCUACACCUUCUUAAUGGAUCUCUGCAUCAGCCAUGGAGUUCCUCUCAUGUUUGUUGGCCCUACUGGCACUGGGAAGUCACUGUACGUGAAGGAGAAACUGUUGAACAACCUGGACAAAGACUGCUACCUACCCUUUUUCAUCAACUUCUCAGCCCGCACUAGUGCUAACCAAACUCAGAACAUGAUCAUGUCUCGAUUAGAUAAGAGAAGGAAAGGGGUGUUUGGGCCUCCCAGGGGAAAAAAGUGUGUCAUCUUUGUAGAUGACUUGAACAUGCCUGCUCUAGAAAUCUUUGGGGCACAGCCUCCUGUGGAGCUCCUUCGACAGUACAUAGAUCAUGGAAACUGGUAUGACCUGAAGGAUACCUCCAAGAUCAGUCUCGUGGACAUUCAGCUUAUCUCAGCAAUGGGCCCCCCUGGUGGUGGAAGGAAUGCUGUAACUUCUCGCUUCCUGCGGCAUUUGAACAUUUUUAGCAUAAAUCCCUUUAGCGAUGAAACCAUGGUUCACAUUUUCUCCAAUAUUGUUGACUUCUAUCUGAAAAACAAUACCUUCCCACCAGAAAUCUUCACUACUGGCAAGCAGAUCGUGACAGCUAUGAUGGAAGUGUACAAGAAAGCCAUGGAGAACCUGCUCCCAACUCCAGCCAAAUCUCACUACACUUUCAACCUAAGGGACUUCUCACGUGUCAUCCAAGGCUGCUUGUUGCUGAAGAAGGAGUCUGUGGAGAACAAACGUACCGUGAUACGGCUGUUUGUACAUGAGGUUUUCCGUGUCUACUAUGACCGUCUGGUGGAUGACAAAGAUAGAACAUGGCUCUACAAACUGAUGAAUGGCAUUUUAAAAGAUCACUUCAAAGAGCCCUUUGACCAGGUCUUUGAUCAUCUGAAACAAGGCAAUAAACUAGCUGAGGAAGACAUGCAAAAUCUUCUGUUUGGUGACUACAUGAAUCCUGAGCUGCAAGGGGAUGAGCGCUUGUAUGCUGAGGUGCCUUCCAUGGAAAGCCUUGCAGAGGUGGUGGAGUUGAGUCUUGAAGAAUACAACCAGAUGCACAAGAACCACAUGAAUCUUGUCAUAUUUCGUUAUGUCCUGGAGCACCUGUCCCGUAUUAGCCGUGUAUUAAAGCAACCCGGAGGCAAUGCCCUGCUGGUUGGGGUGGGAGGCAGCGGACGCCAGUCCAUCACCCGCCUUGCCACAUCAAUGGCCCAGAUGACCAUGUUCCAGCCUGAGAUCUCCAAGAGCUAUGGCAUGACUGAGUGGAGAGACGACCUCAAGAUGCUGUUGAAAAAUGCUGGGGUUAAAGGACAGAAGACAGUGUUCUUGAUAACUGAUACUCAGAUCAAAGAUGAAAGCUUUCUGGAAGACGUGGACAGUCUUUUGAACACAGGAGAGGUGCCCAAUCUGUUUGCUGUAGAUGAGAAACAGGAAAUUAUCGAGACAAUACGUCCCAUUGCCCAAGGUGGUGAUAAGAAUUUGGAGCUGAGCACUUUGACUCUGUUUGCCUUCUUCGUUUCGCGCUGUAAAGAGAACCUACACGUAGUUGUGGCCUUUAGUCCUAUAGGAAAUGUUUUUCGACUUCGCCUGCGCCAGUUUCCCUCUCUUGUUAACUGCUGCACCAUUGACUGGUAUCAGCCAUGGCCAGAAGAAGCACUGGAGCGAGUAGCCAACUCCUUCCUGAAGUCACUGGAAAUUAGUGAAAAUGAUAGACAGGAGAUCAUACCUGUCUGCAAAACAUUCCACACAUCUGCCAAACAGCUAUCUCAGAAAUUCCUUGCUGAGCUGGGACGCCAUAAUUAUGUGACUCCAAAAUCAUACCUGGAGCUUAUUGCUACUUUUCGUCUGCUACUAACUGAGAAAAGAGACACAGUCAUGAAAGCGAAGCAGAGGUACACGAGUGGACUGGAUAAACUGGCCUUUGCUGAAUCUCAGGAAAGUAUUAUUCUAACCAGAUUUGUUGCUGAGAUGAAAAAAGAACUAGUAGAUCUACAGCCUAAACUGGAACAAGCAAAGAUAGAGAACACUGAAAUAAUGAAGGUGAUUGAGGUGGAAUCCGUUGAGGUAGAAGCCAAGAGUAAAGUUGUACGUGUUGAUGAAGAAGCAGCAACUAUUAAAGCCGAUGAGUCUCAAGCUCUGAAGAAUGAGUGCGAGAGUGACCUAGCUAAAGCCAUCCCUGCUCUCGAGGCUGCUCUCUCAGCUUUGGACACAUUGAAACCCACUGAUAUCACUAUUGUGAAGUCAAUGAAAAAUCCACCUUCAGGGGUGAAGCUAGUGAUGUCAGCUGUUUGUGUAAUGAAGGAGGUCAAGCCAGAUAAGAUAGCCGACCCAGCUGGUUCUGGAAAAAAGAUUUUUGACUACUGGGGUCCAAGCAAGAAGCUACUGAGUGACAUGAACUUUCUACGAGAUCUUAAAGAAUAUGACAAAGAUAAUAUUCCUGUUCCUGUGAUGCAAAAAAUCAGAAGUGAAUACAUGACUAAUCGUGGCUUUGACCCCAGUAUUGUAGCGAAGGCCUCCUCUGCAGCAGAGGGCCUGUGCAAGUGGAUUAAAGCAAUGGAAUCAUAUGAUAGGGUGGCAAAGGAUGUCGCUCCUAAAAAGGCUAAUCUUGCCAAGGCACAGGAGUCUCUGGCUGCUACUAUGGCCUUGCUGGAUGAGAAGAGAACCGAGUUAAAGGUGGUUGAGGACCGCUUGGCUGCCCUUCAUAAAACAUUUGAGGAGAAGACAAAUGAGAAGGCUCAGCUGGAGUUCCAGGUGGAUUUGUGUGCAAGGAAGUUGGAAAGGGCAGAAAAGCUCAUUGGUGGGCUGGGUGGAGAGAAGACCAGAUGGUCAAAAGCAGCAGAUGACCUGCAAGACACAUAUGACAAUUUGACUGGAGAUGUUCUUAUUUCUGCCGGUGUCAUCGCCUACUUGGGGGCUUUCACCACUGGCUUCAGACAGGACUGCACUAAGUCAUGGACCAAACUCUGCCAAUCUAGGAACAUUCCAUCAUCAGACAACUUCUCUCUCAGUAAAACCCUGGGGGAUCCCAUUCAAAUCCGAGCUUGGAACAUCGCAGGCCUUCCCAGUGACUCUUUCUCUGUCGAAAAUGGCGUCAUUGUCACUAAUUCACGUAGAUGGCCUUUGAUGAUUGACCCUCAGGGUCAAGCCAACAAGUGGGUGAAGAAUUUAGAAAAAGAUAACAACCUGAGUGUAAUCAAGUUAACAGAUGGGGACUACAUGAGAACGUUGGAAAAUUGCAUUCAGUUUGGAACACCUUUGCUGCUGGAAAAUGUUGGAGAAGAACUGGACCCUUCACUAGAACCACUGCUGCUCAAACAAACCUUCAAACAAGGUGGUGUCGAAAGCAUCAGGCUUGGUGAAAGUGUGAUUGAAUACUCAGCUGAUUUUCGUUUCUACAUCACCACCAAGCUGAGGAACCCACAUUACCUACCCGAACUGUCCACCAAAGUGUCCCUGCUCAAUUUCAUGAUCACACCAGAGGGUUUGGAGGACCAGCUGCUUGGGAUUGUAGUUGCCAAGGAGAGGCCAGAACUGGAAGAAGAGAGAAAUAUGCUAAUCCUGCAAUCAGCUGAGAAUAAGAAGCAGCUAAAGGAAACUGAAGACAAGAUCCUGAAAACUCUGCAGUCUUCUGAGGGAAAUAUCCUGGAGGAUGAGAGUGCCAUUCACAUUCUAGACUCGGCAAAGAUCAUGUCCAAUGAGAUUACCAAGAAACAGCAGACUGCAGAGAAGACAGAAAUCAAGAUAGCUGAGUCCAGAGAGGGCUACAGACGUGUUGCAAACCACUCAUCCAUCCUGUUCUUCAGCAUUGCUGAUCUGACCAACAUAGAUCCUAUGUACCAGUACUCCCUCAGCUGGUUUGUCAACCUCUACAUCAACUCCAUACAAGACAGUAACAAGUCCAAGAUUUUGGAGAGGAGGCUUAAUUUAUUAAUCGAUCACUUCACCUACAACCUGUACUGCAACGUCUGCCGUUCUCUCUUUGAGAAGGACAAACUUCUCUUCUCCUUUCUUCUCUGCUGCAAUUUGCUCUUAGCAAAGAAGGAGAUUGAAUACUCAGAGUUCAUGUUCUUCCUGACUGGGGGAGUAGGCUUGCAGAAUACCAUUGCUAACCCAGACCCAACGUGGUUACACGACAAGAGCUGGGAUGAAAUCUGCAGAGCCAGUGAGCUACCUGGCUUACAAGGAAUCAAAGAGGCUUUCAUCAACAAUCCAGGAGAUUUCCAGCCUCUUUAUGACAACAAAGAGCCAUGUAAUGUUUCUCUGCCCAAACCAUGGUGUGAACAGCUAACUGACCUGCAAAAGAUGAUCAUUGUUCGCUGCCUCAGGCCCGAUAAGAUAGUGCCAGCUUUGACUAAGUUUGUGACUGGCAGGCUGGGGAAGAAGUUUGUCCAGCCCCCUCCCUUUGACUUGAGUAAGAGCUACCAGGAGUCCAACUCAACCAUCCCACUCGUGUUUGUGCUUUCUCCGGGGGCUGAUCCAUUGGCUAACUUGCUCAAGUUUGCCAAUGGCAAGAAAAUGGAUGGAGCCAAGUUCCAGUCUAUCUCUCUGGGUCAGGGCCAGGGGCCCAUAGCUGCUAAAUUGAUAUCCACAGCUAUGCAGAAUGGUACGUGGGUGUGUUUGCAGAAUUGUCACCUGGCUGUUUCAUGGAUGUCUACCCUAGAGAAGAUCUGCGAAGACCUCAGUCCCACAACAUGCCACCAUGACUUCCGCCUCUGGCUCACAAGUUAUCCUUCAUCCAAGUUUCCAGUGAGCAUCUUGCAAAACGGUGUGAAAAUGAUAAAUGAGCAACCCACAGGACUCCGUCUCAAUCUCCAACAGUCUUAUGUGACGGAUCCCAUUUCUGAUCCAAACUUUUUCAAUAACUGUCCCAAAAAGGAGCUGAUUUGGGAGAAACUCCUCUAUGGACUCUGCUUCUUCCAUGCUCUCAUUCAGGAGAGAAAAAACUUUGGUCCGCUGGGCUGGAAUAUUCCUUAUGGCUUCAAUGAAUCUGACCUCCAUAUAAGCAUCCGACAGCUCCAGAUAUUUGUAAACGAGUACGACGAGGUGCCCUUGGAUGCGAUAACAUAUCUGACUGGGCAAUGCAAUUACGGUGGCCGUGUGACAGAUGACUGGGACAGGCGGCUCCUGAUGACAAUUUUAGCUGAUUUCUACAACAAGGACAUCAUUGAAACAUUUCGCUACCCUCUUUCACCCAGUGGCAAAUACUUUGUCCCACCUAAAUCUAGCUAUGAAGACUACAUUCUCUUUAUCCAGAAUCUUCCAUCCAGUCAGCAUCCAGAGGUCUUUGGGAUGCAUGAAAAUGUGGAUAUUUCUAAAGAUUUGCAGCAAACAAAACUGCUGUUUGAUUCGCUGCUACUCACCCAGGGUGGAGGAGCUAAGGGAGGGGCCAGCUCUGGGGGUGACAGCACCCUGUAUGACAUAGCAAAUGAUGUCCUUACCAAGCUCCCAGCUAAUUUUGACACAGGAGUGGUUCUUUUGAAGUUCCCAGUACUCUAUGAAGAAAGCAUGAAUACAGUUCUCGUCCAAGAGAUGGAGCGCUACAACAGAUUGUGUAGUACAAUUUGUGUGAGUCUGCAGAACCUUUUGAAAGCCAUUAAGGGCUUGGUGGUGAUGGAUUCAGACCUGGAGGCACUAGCAGGUAGUUUGAUAGUGGGCAAGAUCCCGGAGAAAUGGGCCAAGUGCUCUUACCCAAGCCUCAAGCCCCUGGGUAGUUACAUUAAUGACUUCCUCGCAAGACUCAAGUUUUUACAGGUUUGGUAUGAAACUGGAAAGCCCAACAUAUUCUGGCUGUCUGGCUUCUUCUUCACACAAGCCUUCCUCACUGGAGCUAUGCAGAACUAUGCCAGGAAAUACCAUGUUCCCAUUGACCUGUUAAGCUUUGAUUUUGAGGUGCUUCCUAUUGAUGAAACAGAAACAGCACCUGAGGACGGUGUUUACAUCAAUGGAUUGUUUCUUGAUGGAGCACGAUGGGACAAAGAAAGCGGCGUUCUGGCUGAGCAGCACCCCAAAGUCCUGUUUGCCUUGAUGCCCAUCAUCUGGAUAAAACCUACUAAAAAGGAGAGCACUGAUCAAUCUCAGGAACGGUAUGUUUGCCCUCUCUAUAAGACAAGCGAGAGGAAAGGCACUCUCUCCACCACUGGCCACUCCACCAAUUUCGUCAUCACCAUGACAUUGCCCACCAGCAAGCACCCACGGCACUGGAUCGAGCGGGGGGUGGCCAUGCUCUGCCAGCUGGAUGACUGAGUUUGGAUGA